AGCUGUGACAUUGUUCUGGUUUUCUAAUCUCUCAAUUGUUUUUGUCUGUUCACUUUUAUCUGAUUGUUUAUUUUUUCUUAAAAAGUACUAAUUAAUUAAUCACUUUUUGUUCAUCCUAUAGGAUUGAGAUUAUUUAUUUUAAAUUCGUUAUUUUAUUUAACAUUCAUCAUAACAAUUAACCUUUUUUUCCCUUCUUCUGAUCGGUCGCUGGUUACCUGGUUAAGGCAAGAUGUCGGUUGCUUUCUUACCCAAUCAACGUGCCCGUGGCCCUACAAAUCAAUCGCAAAUUCUUAAGAUGCUUGAUGAAAACUGUCAACUUAUCCAGGCCAUUGUGGAUGCUCAAAGUAAAGGAAAAUCGUCUGAAAGUAUACACUUUCAAAAUAUUCUUCAUCGUAAUUUAACCUAUUUGGCUUCAUUGGCUGAUCCUAAUCCAAAUUUACAAGCAAUCAUUCCAGCUCCACAAUCAUUUGGACAAAAUCAACCAAUAAAACAUGAAAACAUGCCACCUCAACCUUCUGAGUGUAUGCCACCACCUCCUCCACCAGCACCUCAUUCGCAAGGACCUCCAACAAGUUCAGCAACUGGUCAACCAGCCAUUCCUAAUCCAAAUACUGGUCCACCUCAACCAACUACAUCUCCACCUUCAUCCAGUGCUGGACCAAAUGUUCCACCUCAUCAGUAUGGAAACAUGAUGCCACCUCCUAGACCACCGGCAUCUACUCCUCAACCUCCUAAUUCUUAUGGUAACUAUCAAAUGCCUUCAAAUCAACAACAAUACAACCAGGGACAAUAUCCUCCAACAUCAGGCUAUUCUGGUUAUGGAAAUUACAACCAAGGACCUCCAGCAUCUCCACAAGGACCAGCUCAGGCACCAAAUUCCCCUUACCCAACUCCACCGCCCUCUCAACAAUAUGGAUCUUAUCCCAAUUAUCCUCAGCCAGGUUACACCAAUGCUCCUCCUCAGCCACCUCCCAGUCCAGCUCAAGGUUCAGGUCCCACAAACUGGUAUCCACCGACUGGCUCACAACAAACUCCUGGUUACUCUGCAGCCAAUCCAGUUCAUCCAGGUACCGCUGGACCUGGUGCUGGUCAACCUCCUGCAGCCGGUCCUCAACAAAGCUACCCUGGAUAUGGUGCUUAUAAUCAAGGUUCACAAUAUUCCCAACCAGGAUAUGGGGCCAACUAUGGUUCACCAAAUCCCGGUCCGUCCUCACCAGCAAGUGGAGGUUAUGUUUCACCAGCUCCUUCCGCAUCACCUCAAGCACCCGGAGCACAAACUCGUCCAGGGUAUCAUCAGCAAGCUGGUUAUGGUCACUUUUCGGCUCGUGGUCCUGCACCCAUGGGAGCUUAUCCAGGUUAUGAUCAAUCUUCACAAGGUUAUCCAGGUUAUGGUCCACCUCAGCCUCAAUAGAUUAAAUUUAGACAAAAGAAAAUCUAAUCCUUCCCAUUGAUCCAACAAAAAUAAAUGGCGACUAACCGACUAUUUCUGUUACCAUUUUUGGAAAUAUCUUAUCAUUAUCAUUAUCAUACUUUAAAUAUAAUUGUUUACAAAUUGCAUGUGUAAUGUGAAAACAAAAACAAAAACAAAAAACCGCACUAAACGCUAUUCAUCUUAAAUGUCUCGACGAAACAAAAACAAAACAAAAAAACAUCAGAUAAUUAAUGUAAAUUCUGAUAAAUUUAAUUUUGAUGUGUGAAUUGAUUUCAGAUAAUAUCUCAAUAAAUGAAUCCUAAAAUUUUUGACUCGUCCAUUCAAACAAAAUGAAUGACCAUUUUCUCAUGUAAAACUGAUCAAUGAUUAAAACACAAUUAAAGAUGAACAAUUAAAAUCCA